CGGGACACUCAAAUGCGGGGAAAGCUCUUCUUUGACUUUGCUGAUGUAGAAGUAUCCUAGGAGAAUGCUAGCGCUGUGUCUUGCUUUCAAUUUAGCACUUGGUAUUGUUGGGGGCCAGGAGUUUCCACUCGGUGCUGCCGCUGGACUGGACUUCACCUUUGGGGGCGCCUGGUUGCGGGCCGGGCAAUUCUCGCGCGACGCACGCGCGCGGCUGGGGCCUCAAGAGGACAGCACGGCAAACAUUAAAACGUAUGCCCCGGAGGCCAGUGGUCGCGGCCCAGCUGCUCGUGCCGCCCGGCGUGCCUUCGCCGUCGACCCCGCGUGCAACUUCACCUCGUGCUGCUACCUCGCCAGUUCUAGCCACACCGCUGCACUGGGAGCCUCCAGUCUGUCGGGUGCACUUGCAUGUGGAGGAGCAACACCUGAUGGCAGCACGGCGCCGUGUCACAUACCGGUAGCUGCUCACACGCCGCUGCUGCUGGCGCUGCGCACCCGCAUGCAGCUGUCGCUGCACGCGCUGUCCAGCCAGCUGGAUCGCCUGGUGGCCUCCCGGCCGCGCGCCUGGCUGGAGCAGCAGCUGGCGGAGCUGCAGCAGCUGCUUAGGCCGGCCGUGGGUCGUGGGCGGCUGGCACUGGGGCCUGCACAAUCAGCGUGGACAGGGCUGCAGGCAGGCGCUGAAGCGGGCGGGUCCGGUGAACCGUCAGGGCUGCACACCGCGGGGGGACAGGGCCAGGGACCCGACGGCCCCGUACGUGCGGUUCAGGACAGGACAGAGGGGGAAGGCGGCGCGGGGCAUGGCUCCGACGACGCCCUGGACGGCCUGGCUGCUGAGCUGGCGCUGCAGGGCGCCUCGGCCGAGGCCCUGGCGCGGUUGCGCCGCCUGGUGCGCGCUCGGGCCGACUAUGCGGAGCGUGCGCGUGCAGCAGCAGAUGCGACUGCUGCUGCUGCAGCUGCAGAGUCGACGAUGGCAGCAGCGGCAGAGGCGAUCCUGGCCUCCGCCCGCACCAGCGGAGGCCCGGCAACAGCAGCGAAGCCGCUUACGACUGAUGCAGCUCCAAAGGCGGCAGCGAGGGCUGGGGCCAAUGUUGCAUUUACAGGCAGCGCUAGGGGCGCCCCGCCCCGGCCGCGGACAGAGGCUUCAGAUGUAGCACCCGAGCAAGUCGCUGCAAAGCCGCAACGGGAUGCAGCGCUCGACAGCACGCUUGCGCAGUCGGGGACGCCUCUUCUAGUGGAAUUGACUGGCGAGACUGUCGCCACUGGGUCUGGGGGAGCCUCGAUGGAAGCCUCAGGCGCGCGUGCAGCAACUGGCUUCGGCCCACUGGCAAAUGCCAGUGGCAGCUCAGCAGCUGCGGGAUCGCAGCUAAGCGGCGGCCAGGCGCAAGCUGGUGCUGCCACAUGCGUCUGCCCCGCCGAGAGCAGCUCUGGCCGGGAACAGUCAUCCGGCGAGGUGCCGCCACGCCGAAGCCAUGAAGCUGAGUCGGGCCAACUCUUGAAGCUGCUGGUUGGAAUGUCAGCCGGCGCCCUGUGCUGCGCGGCGCUGGCAGUGCGCAGCUCGCUUGCGGCCACGGAAGCGCGCAGGCGUGAGGCAGCCGAGGCGGCUGGGCGGCUGGAGGGCGUCAUAGAGGGCAACCGGCGGCAGGCGGAGGCGCUGGCGGCGGAGUAUGAGGCACAGCUGGCAGCUUUGCAGGCCCGACACGCAGCUGAGGCGGAACAACUUCAAUCAGCGCUGUCUUCAUUGCAGCUGGAGGUGCAGCAGCUGCAGACCAGUCGGGACAAGUGCGUGCGCCUUGCCGCCGCGUCGCAGCGCCUGGGUGCCACAGCAGUUGUGCACCUGGCGGCGGCGGUGCCCGCCCUGCAGCAGCGGCAGGUCAUGCUUUCGGAAGCGCUGACGACCACGGUUGCAGGAUGGAAGAGGCAGGGAGCGGCGGCAAUGGCUGCACUCGCACGGUGUAAGGCGGAGGUCGUGGAGCUGCGCCAGCGGGCGGCGAAGCAACAGGAGGCAGCGGAGGUGGAAGUGCGACGCGCUGUGGAGGCUGCUGCGGAAGCUGCCCAGUUGGUGGCUGCGACACACGAGGACCAGGUUGAAAACUUGACGCGGCGCUUUCAAGAGGAGCUGGAGGGCGAGCGGCGCCGCCGCGCGGCUGACCAGUGGGCGGCGCGGGAGGCUGCUGAGGCGGCGGCGGCUGAGCUGGCGGCGCUGCGGCGGCGGCACGGCGCCAACCUGCGCAGCUGGCUCGCACUCAAGGGCUGGGUGGCAUUGAAGAUGACGGACGUCGCGGAGCGGGCGGGGCGCCUGGCGGCCGAGCACCGCGCCCAGGCGGCGUCGGCCCGGGCGACUGUUCAGGACCUGCAGGCGCAGCUGGGGGCGGCGCGGGCGCAGCUGGCGGCGCAGGUGCGGGCGGCUGUGGAGGCGCGCGGCGCUGUGUCUGAGCUGACGGAGCUGCUGGCGGGCAAGGACGCGGACAUACUGGAGCUGGAGGGCCGGCUGGGCGGCGCGGAGGCGGCGCUGGAGUCCCAGCGGCAGCAGGCGGGGGCACUGGCGGCUGCGCUGACGGCAACGGAGGAGUCGCUGGCGGCGGCCCGGGCGGACAGCGAGCAGCUGAGCACGGCUCUGCGAAAUGCGCAGGUUGCCACCGCCGCCGCUGAGGGCCGGGCCGCCGAGUUGCUGUCGGCCAACCAGCUGCUGGACACACAGGUGAAGCAGUUCACGGACAUGACCGCAGACCUGGCCCGCAUCCAGGAGACGUACGUGGCGCCGCACCAGGCGCGUGUGGCGGCCCUGGAGGCGCAGGUGGAGCACGAGCGGGCGGUGGCGGCAGCAGCGGCGGCCGAGAGGGCGAACGAGCUGGCGGCCAUGUCUGAGGACCUGGCGGAGGCGCGCAGGGAGUCCGAGUCGCUGCGGCGUGCACGUGCGGAGCUGGCCGACCGACUGGAGCGGCGCGAGCGGGAGCUGGGGGCGCUGCAGGCAGAGCUGGCGGAACUGUCCCAGCGCGAGGAGGAGGGGCUGGAGAACGCGCUGUGUGCGGUGCGGCAGCGCGACCGCGAGCACCAGGCGGCACUGCAGCAGCUGCUGCUGCCGCUGCCUGCGGACACCAAGGCGACCAUGCUGGCGCAGGCGGCGAGUGCAGGGUGCGCUACGCCUUCCUCUUGCGGGGCCGGGGGAGGUGUACCGGCAGCCCUGAUGAGUGGUGGCUUCGCGACGCCAUUGACUGGCGGCAGCGGCAUGGGUGCAGGUGGCGGCAGCAGUGCCAGCGGCGUGCGGGGUGCUCUAGGCUUAGGCUCCUCGUCUAUGACAAAACGGUGAUUGCUGGACAAGGUAUUUCUGUCGUGAGCCGCUUUGGUGUGUGCUCAGCUAUCAGGGAUAGGUUCUGCAGCAUGCAGUAUAGCAGCACCUAGCGACGGUGCACGCCUAGGAGUCAAGCAUUUGGUAGUUUUUAGGCAACAGUCAUGUCUUGUACACAACAUGAACUUGAAUGUGCUGCACGUACGAGCAACAAAUGAGAAGCCAACGAGGCUAGGAUGCUCAAUCCUUACCAGUAUACUAGAUUGCAUUGGUAACAAGAGGGUGUGACACUACGCGCCGCACCCCCAAAAUUUUCGCGUUGAACUAAUCGUGCGACUAGCCAACCGCCUAUCUUGGGGAGUAACGGGGCUGCCCUAGGAUCGUCUGAUGUCGCUGGGGGCACACGAGGGGCGUAUGAGGACGUGCCCUGGUGCUGUGCCGGCUGGUUCCCCUGGGGAGACAGAGGGGGGUUGCAGCGUAGGGCCUAAGGGGUAUUGCUGGUGAAGGCUGCCGCUGCACGUCCCGCGGUCUCAGGUAGUUUCCCUCCCGAGGGAUGAGUGGCACGGGGCGGUAAGUCAACCGUAUACCGUUACAGUAGCAGCGCAGUGGGAAAGACCAUCCACUGGUGCGUAAGUGUUUGGUUAGGGAGCGGCUACCAGGAAUGUCACGUCUGGUGCCCUCAGUGAUAGAUGUUGCCUGGGAAUGGCUACCUGGAAUGUUACGUCAGGCUAGCACCCGGCGCUAUGGCCGUAAGUCCUUUGAUUGCCUGGGGAAGGCUACCUGGAAUGUCACGUCAGGCUAGCACCCGGCGCUAUGACUGAGACAACAGGCACCGCGGCUUAAGUACUACCGUCCUAGCCCCAUUGCGUCGUACCCUAGCCCCAUUGCGUCGUACACGCUGUCGUACAGAACGUUCUAUGAUCUAGAUCACUCUUCCAGCAACUUCGAUCUAGAUCGACCCUUCCAGCAACUUCGAUCUAGCUACCGGUGCCUGCACUUUCCAGACUGUUCUAGACGGCUCUCGGCGCUUCUAGAUCAAUCCC